AUGCUGCUAACCUUCCGCCGCACGCAGGGCAGUCCCACAGCAGGGAUCGGCCCAAAGGUGGGCAGUGCCAAGGGCCUUGCCGGGAGCAGCCAGGGGGGCGGUUUCCUGAGCUGGAACUCCUGCUGGUUUAUCAAAACGCAGGAAGGAAGUUUGGAACGAGAGUCUGUUAAAGUGAACAAGGUGCUCUUGACCCAGCAAGGGGAGGAGGCCGCACGGCGUGGUGCCCACGUGGAGCUGGCAGUGGAGCUCGACCGCUCCCUGGGCCACCAGGAGCCCCCCUGGAAGGAGUUCCGCUUUGACCUGACCCAGAUCCCGGCGGGGGAGGCGGUCACAGCUGCCGAGUUCCGGAUUUACAAGCUGCCCAGCACCCACCUGCUCAACAGGACCCUCCACGUCAGCAUGUUCGAGGUGGUCAGAGAGCGGGCCAACAGGGAGUCUGACUUGUUCUUUUUGGAUCUUCAGACGCUCCGAGCUGAGGACGAGGGCUGGCUGGUGCUGGACGUGACAGCAGCCAGUGACCACGGGUUGUUGAACCGUAGCAGGGACCUGGGACUCCGCCUCUACGUGGAAACAGAGGACGGGCACAGCGUGGAUCCUGGCCUGGCUGGUCUGCUGGGGCGACGGGCACCGCGCUCCAAACAGCCCUUCAUGGUCACGUUUUUCAGGGCGAACCCCAGCCCCAGCCCCAUCCCCCCUCGGGCAGUGAGGCCCCUGAGGAAGCAGGGCCAGGAAAGACCUCGCACAUCUGUCCCCGCAGAUGGCGCCCACGGCUCCCACGGUCGGCAGGUGUGCCGUCGGCACGGGCUCUACGUCAGCUUCCAGGACCUCGGCUGGCUGGAUUGGGUCAUCGCCCCCCAAGGCUACUCAGCCUAUUACUGUGAGGGGGAGUGCUCCUUCCCGCUGGACUCCUGCAUGAACGCCACCAACCACGCCAUCGUGCAGUCCCUGGUGCACCUGAUGAAGCCAGACGCAGUGCCCAAGGCGUGCUGCGCGCCCACCAAGCUGAGCGCCACCUCCGUGCUCUACUAUGACAGCAGCAACAACGUCAUCCUGCGCAAACACCGCAACAUGGUGGUCAAGGCCUGCGGCUGCCACUGAGGCCCCGCCGGCCGCUGCAGCGCCUCCCGCCGCGGUCAGCCCCGCUCCAGAGGCUGAGGCCCUCAAACCCAGCCAGAGCACAGACAGGACUGGCACAGAGAGUCCUCAGAUCAACAUGUCCAUGCCCCUUCCUCCUUCCUGCCAGAGCUGGUCCUUCCAGGCCCCUGCGCCCCUCCCCUGCCUGAGGUUGUGAUAGAUUCUGGCAUUCAGUUCUGGUGGGCGGAGUCAUCAGGCAGGGUUCUGCCCCAGCCAUGUCCCCCAGGGGCACGUGCUGACUGGCUCUUUGGGGUCGGCACAAAAGUCCUAUCUGAGGACCUGCCCUUGCUCAUUGCUGGCCUGGUCUUGGGCAGGUGUGCAAUGACCUGAGAGGCACCUGGAGCCCAAGGUGGCCAGCUCAGGUCCUCCAGUCUCCAUUGCAGGGUUUGGGGGUGUGUAGACAGGGUUUGGCCCAUCUCCAGUUGCCUACCCUUCCCAGGGGGAAAAGUAGGCAUUUCUGGGUACUUGUUAAAGAGCAUGGACUUGCCUUGUGUGCCCUAUAUUUUCAGAUCUGAAUUACCAAACUGCUGGCCAUAGGGAGGCAUGUGGGGCAACUCCAGAAAGAGCUGAACGAGCAGCAUGGUGAAGGGCUCAGGCCAAUGGCAUUUCUCUUCUGUCUCUACUUUCUCAGCACGCAGCGCAUUGAAAUUUUUCCUUUGGAGAAACAAACAAUCUUGGGGCUUCACUGA